AUGCAACCCAUGAGUGGAAGAGGAACCCCCGGACCCACGCAGAGGGCUCCAGGGAGUUUCUCACCGCUGCCGGCCAGCACUAACUCCACUGUUAAUGCACUCGCCGGCGCCGACAUGGGUCUUGUCCGUCCCCAUCGACCGUCUCCGGGUCCGGUCCGCAUCAUCUCAGCCUCGACCUCCACCAGCGACGACCUCACGCCAUUGACCAUCCCUCGCCCAUCCGACCAGCCUACCGCCCCGUCGCCCCAGCCCGGAGGACGUUCAGACGCAUCAGGAUUCGGGGGAAGAGCAGGAGCAUCACCCGAGCGACGAGGAGGAGGAGGAACAACACCUACCCCUGGACGCGAAUCUGCAACUCCUAUUUACAGCAGCUUCACGUCUCCGAGCAAUAGCGCCAGUGCCCCGAGUCUCCAGACCAACUUCUCGCGACCGACCCUAUCGACCACCGCCGCCCUGUCCACUGCCCGCUCCGUCGCCGGGACACAUUCCCCGAUCGAUACGGCCCCGCGCAACGGGCCCUCCCCCCUGACCCUUCCGCCGACCAGUGCAACGUCCACUACAUCCACUUCGUUUUCCGGCAGGGUAGGCGCACACUCGCGCAAACACUCGGCGAACGCGGGCCUAUUCGAGCCUACCCUGCCCUCGACGAGCACCUCCAACCUUGACCAGAUCCAAGCCGAAUCGCCCAAACUCGGCCCGACGCCGUCGCAGGCGCAACGAGACAUGUCUGCCAGCCAUAUUGCUGCGCAGGCAGCCGUCUCCAAGUCGCAGCUUACCCAGCAACAGCAGCAGCAGCAGCAGCAGCAGCAGCAACCACAACCACAACCACAACAACAACAACAACAACAGGCACCACCGUAUGCGCAUCAACACCUUGUUCAUCUACAACAUCGUCAGCGAUCACAAACGAUACCACCGUCAGGCGAGCAUCAUGAACAGACUUCGGUCGCGAACAAGCGCAAAAGCGGCGGUCCGAUGAGCCCUCCCAUCUUGAGCUUGACAGAGGCGAGCGCGCCAAGGGAUAAUGUGUUUGGAAGUCAAGGAAACCACAACGGCCUCGCCGGAAACCAUACCCUUGCUGCCACAGCGGCCGCGAACGUGGUGUUCCCCCGAUCGGCGCAGUCGUCCCCGAAACUGCCCGCCCAGCCGACGAACCCCUUGACACCUACUCCACCGCCUGUCGCCGCCGAGAAACCCGCUGUCAAGUCGGAAAAGAGCAAGGUCAAGCUGUUUUCGCGCCCUGGCAAGUCCAGCUCAAAGGCGGAAUCAUCCAAGGAGAAACCACUGCCUAGUCCCGGAAAGCUAGGGCAUGCCUUUUCGAAUCUGCAACGGGCCAACUACAGUACUACGAGUCUCGAAUCGAAUAUGCAGCAGCCCUUCUACGCCCAUGGGAACUCGUCAACCGCCACGAUACGACCAGCCGAGGCUACAGAGAAGGAGGUGAAAGAAAAGGAGAAGAAGCAUGGGCAUUUCUUGAAACGACAAAAGGAAAAGCUGAUAGAGGCGUAUCACCUACCGCUCUCGUCAGCUUCGAGCAAUUCCAGGCCUACAGAUCCCACAGCCCCCAGCAGUCUAUAUAAUUUCAACUUGCCAACAAGUCCUGGUCCUAGCAGCAAUGCGUUCAAAUCAGGUCUUGAUUUGCGACACGGCGGCCGUGCAUUGCGCGAGAAGAAGAACAAGGAGGACAAAAGUCUGGACGACGCGGCCUCAAGCUACAACCCUGGAGGCGACUGGCCUGGUCCAAGUAGCGUGAGCUCUGCCACUGGCAACCUGGCUUCAGCACUCUUCCACAACGAGCCCUUUGACAGCCAAAAGUUCGGGCUCAACAACAUGACCCUUGAUGACGCCUGGCCGUUUCUCAGGGCCAAGCUGCUUGUCAUCUUUGAAGCUGAGGACCUUCGUCUCCCUGUAGAGGACCUGAAUCGUAUAGUGACGAUGCAUAUCCAGUAUUGCAUUUCGCGGCGCAGCCCAAAUAUCAUCAUCGAGGAUAUCCGGGACUUUCUCACCACGGGCUUCUCGAGUCUCGACCAGAGUCUGAAGAAGACUCCGGAAGACCGCUUGAUCCCUGCUCUUGUCGAGCUUUGGAUCUUCACAUUUACCAGUAUCCUACCAUAUCUGCAAGCAGUCUUUCUACCGUUGGACAUGGAAUUCGCCGGCAGCGGGCCUUUGAUGACGCCAGAUCAAGCUCGUGACUUCUGGGGCGGUGUCCCCGCCAGCUACGGCCUCAGCAUAUCGGCCUCAUCGGUCCUUGACAUACGGAGACUGGUUCUCCUUGCCUUCCGCGAUAUCGUUAUUCUUCCCCGCUACGACACGCUGAAGAUCAUGUUCUCGCGUCUCUCUCUCGAGUUCCUACCGCAGAGCCUGGCCAGCAUGGCCCUUUCCUCUCCGGUUCCGGUUCCUACCUCCGGGUUCCAAAACACGGCUCACAACCAAGGCGGUGCCUAUCAGUCUGCGCUCUCGACCUCGCCCUCACAAGAGUCGCAACUCUCGCUAUCCUUCGCAGGUAGCCUCCCAGCAACCAUGACCCUAGGAAUGGGUGCCGGCUUUGGCACCGCCCCUCCACGGCCAAACACCUCCAUGUCCAACCCCGUUCCCAGUGUGGACCCUUCCUACGCGAGCUACAACAGCAACGGGAUGGGCACCGCCGGCGGUGGCGGCGAUACCCCUCCAGGAAGCGGUAAUCGCUCGCGUACCAUCAGUAACGUCAGCUUCGGCAGCGACCAUGGCAACGCCAACCGCCCUUUUACCCCCAGCAGCAUUCAAGCCCUUGGCGCCGCCUCCGCCCAAGCCGCCAUGUCCACCCCUAGCGGUGUUGGUAUCGCCAACCUCAACCUCAACAUGUCCACACCCGUACAGCAAUUCCCCUUACACGUAGCGCCCAGUAUAGCAAGUAUAGGCAGCAACUCCAUCCACGGCAGCCUCCGCGACCCUACAGGCGGCGGCGGUGGGAGAACCGCCGACCAAAACGUCGAAGACUCCAAGCAAGUCACAGAAAUGGUUGGACGCAUGCUCCAAUGCAUGUCCGUCCUGGCUUCUGUUUCCGCGCCCACCACUCCUUCUUUCACCUCCUCCAUACCGAACCAAAACCCCCACUCCUCCACGGGCAACCUCACCUCCUACAACACCUACUCCUCCUCGCAAGACUCCGUGGCAACAACAACCAUGACCAACGCCACCGUCCCCGCCUCUCCCUCGGGCUCUUCGGUGGCUGGCGGCUUACCCCCUCUCGUCCAAACCAUGUCUUCUCCUUCACAAUUCUCCUCCCCUUCGUCGCCGGCUACUCCGACCGCUAACAGCCCUGGUCCGCUACCUCCCCGCCCGUCGAUUUCCAGUCUGAGCGCUAGCUUGGCUACUAGCGGGAUCAGCGGUGCUGGUAACAAUAGUUUGCCAAACACACCCACGGCUGCUAAUGCCACAACACCAACUACACCCACAGCCCCCGCCAAUACUGCUGCUACUGCUGCUGCUGCUGGUGCCGGCGGUCCUGGUGGGGGAACGGGUGGAUACGGAAACGUACCUCCCGAUGAAUCCUCCCGCAUGAUCGAAGAACUGAACAAACUCCUCAAACUCAACUGGCUCGGCCGCGGCCGCACCGGUCGUAACAGAAGGGGCAUCGUAGGCGGGCGAGUCAAGCGCGCAGGAGCAGGGAGCGGGUCUGGGUCCGCUUUGACCUUUUCCAUGGGCGCUGGCUCUGGGAUGGGUUAUGCGUCAUCGUCGUCCUACGGCGGUUAUGCUGGUCAAGGUGGUGGUGGUGGUGGGUAUGCGGGAUCGUUGGGGACGGGCCCGGCGGGGGUGAGCAUGAAUAGCCUUGGGACCACGGGGACGAUGGGGAGUAUGAGUAUAGGGACUGUGGGAAGUGGGUUUGGGGGUGGGUUGCUGCAGGGUCAGCAGGCUGAGAGAGAUAGGGGAGGAGGAUGGACGGGGACGGGGUCGGGGUCGGGAUUGGGUACCUCUGCCAGCAUUAUUGCUGGGACAACAGGGACGGGAGGGAUGAUGAGUAGUCUGCCUAUUGGUGCUUCUGUUCCUGCUACUGCCGGUACUGUUGGUGCGGGUGCCGCUUUGGCUGGUGCUGCUGGUGUUUCUAUGCCUGCUGCUGCCGGAUCAUUAUCAAACGAGAUUGUGGUUGACAAUUAGUGGAUGGUAACCAAACCUCUGGAGAGAUGGGCACUUGGACUUGGGAUGGGAACGAGGUAGUAGAAGUGGGUGAAACAAGAAGAAAAGAAAAGAGAUAUGCAGGUUAAAUGGAGGCAUGGAGUUGGAAUAGGGGUUAAUUCUGGUAGAUCAUCGGUUUUUUCUUGGGGGAGCAUUUACAUUCCUCGGUUCUCAGGACCACACAUAUAUAUAUAUAUGUAUAUCUAUACAAGUAAUAUUUUCUUC